AUGACGAACUUGGCCCAGCAAAACGUUCUGCCCGAAAUCGAGGUACCCGUCGAGGACUUCAAGAUUGGACGCAUCCAAGAAAUUCAAAUCCUCGAAGACGAAGCAAAUAAGGCAAUGUUCAUAUUGAGAGCGAAUUGCAAGGUCCUGCGCAGCGUCCAGCAAGAGUACGACAACCUUGCUAGCUCGGCUGAUGCUCUCGCGGACCAGUGUGCAUCAGAGUUGGAAGCAUUCCAUCAUUACAUUGACACUGUCGUCAAUGACCUGGAAAUACUGCAGCCCAAACUAGAUAGUUUGCUCAGGAUGGCGGCAGAUCGCAAGUCUCUUGUAGGUCAAUCAAGCUUCGCCAAGAUGUGAGAUUCGCUGACAGAAGCAGGUUCAGCAAAUCCUUCAAUAUCGCAGCACGCAAGCAACACAAACAACUGCUAAUCGAGGCCAAGACACUGCAGAGAGCAUGGAACUAAUGACUCGCCAGAUGCAUCGAAUGACGGAGAAGACUGUCCAGCAAACAGCUUCGAUGAACAUCAUUACUUUUGUGACCCUACUAUUCCUACCAGGCACAUUCAUAUCGGUAGGUAGGACUCCACGUUACGAUUGGCUGUAGAGGCACGCUGACUGCUGCGAAGACGCUCAUGAGUACGCCUAUCGUCAACUUCGAUGCGCCUACAUCUGGAUUUUCGUUGAACAACAUUGGCGUUGGAGCUCUGGAGUUGUAUCUCGUGGUGAGCUUGCCACUGCUGUGCGUGACAGUCCUGUUGUGGAUUGCUUGGUAUCUUCAUGAGAGGCGAGGGUCCAGUGAGCAAGUCAUGGACGAAGAGCGGCAGUGA